AUGGCAAACAAACUGAUCCGUCUGGACUUCAGUUCUCUUCGUUUUGCGUUCACGGGAAUUGUGCAUCGCCAGGGGGGCGGUGGGCUCGUGCAACAGCUGCGCAAGAGCUACAGCCUCUCAGACCUGACGGAGUGCGACCCGCGGGAGGAACGCGCCGCUGAUGAAGCCGACGACGUGCUAGCCGAGCCGAGGCUGAUAAGGCGCGCGGUGAAGAGCAGUUUUGCGGCUCGGCGCAGCGCUUCGGAAUCGAACAGCCGCCAGCCGAUGUACUUCCCGGAAGUGGACGUGGACGUGAGGAGCACCCGCUCCAGUAGAAGUGACGAGCCCGAUUUCAGCCACAUCAAGUCGACGGAGGACAUCAGCUCGGGCUACUCGAGCGCGGACAACUCGGCGGGGCUGACGCGCGCCGGCUCGGUUGGCGCGGCGGGGAGGGCGCGCGCUCGAACGCCCCGCGCCGCUGCCGUCACCGCGAUCAAACGCCCGCCCGCCGCCGAGGCAAUGCUGUCCGCAUCUGCUACAAUACCCCGCACAAAAAAAUCUAGUAAAAGGAAAACUCAA